AAGCCAACACAAACAAGCAAAUCCAAUUCGAGGCAAAUCUCUGCUCUCUCUGCUCCGCUCUGCUCUCCUCUUCCAGCAUAUCACAAUGGCGCGUUCGUUUCCUCGCGCUGCUUUGGCUCUGCUCCUCUUCGUCGCACUCGCAGUUCUCACUCCAUCUGCCCUCGCUCGUACCGGGCUUGGAAUCAGCUCCAAGAUUCUGGCUUCUCUCCGUGGGACGCUCAACAGUUGUGGUGGAAGAGGGGCUGACGUCAGAUCCGACACUAACGGCAUUGCUGACAUCAGGAUUCUCAGAAGGGGCACCUCUGUGUACCUUGCCUACAAGAUCACAGCGCAAGGCAUCGCCCAGCCGCCCUCCUCCCCCCCAGCCAUCCUCACUCGCAACCCCUGCACCAUCCCCUCCCUCUCCUCCACUCUCGGAGCCGCAGCUGAUGUGGGUGCCAAAGCGGCUGCCAGCACAGGUUCGGAUAGCGCCCAAGCCAGUCUUGGGGGUUCACCAAGCCUCAAUGCGGUUCCUGCUGGAUUUGUUUCGGAUGUGGCCGGAGCUGUUUCUGGUGUGGGGAGGGCAGCGGGGAGUGUGGCAGGCUCGGCAGGGAAGGCUGCAGGUUCAGCAGCAGGUUUGGUGGGUAAUGUUGCAGGCUCGGCGGUAGGCACAGCAGGGAAAGCUGCAGGAUCUGCAGGGAGCCUUGCAGGUUCGGCAGCAGGCUUGGUGGCAAAUGCAGCAGGCUCCGCUGCAGGCUUGGUGGGCAACACCGCAGGCUCGGGAGUAGGCACUGCAGGAAAGUAAGUCGCCUCAUGGCCUCAUGG